CACUGCCAGAGCCCAGUGUCCAGCUGCGGGAGGGAGGUAGGACACUCGCGGGAGGUCCUGGGGUCAGCCACCGGGACGCCAGCAAACCUGGGAGCCGUCAGUCUCAGAGAACAAGCAAGAAGUACAAAAUAGUCUGCAGAAGUAACUCGGAGUGGAAUGCAAGAAAAAUGACUUUACUAGCAUUCAUCUUCCUGCUCGCCUUCCUCCCAGCCGAAUCUGCAAGCAGCAGAUACCUCCCCAAGGCAGCAAUCUCAAGCCAUGUGUUUGGACCACGGCAGGUAUACGGGCUGCUCAAGGGGUCAGUUACCGUGAAAUGCUUCUACCCUCCCACCAGCGUGAACAGACACGACAGAAAGUAUUGGUGCAAGGAAUCGGCCACGGGCUGCACGACCAUUGUCUCCACCAACGGCUUCACCGCUCCAGGCUACCAAGGCAGAGUCUCCAUCACUGACUACCCACUGGCAAAAAACUUCCAGAUUAACAUGACCGGGCUCACAGAGGCAGAGGAAGGCACCUACCAGUGCGGCGUUGGUAUCAACGGCAGAGGGCUCUCCCACAAAGUCAGUCUGGAUGUUUCUGAAGGUCCACACGUACCCGAGGGAGCUGAGCUCUUCUACGUGAAGCUGCACAGCACUUUGACCGUGUCCUGCAGCUUUGGGCCCGACUAUGCAGACAUUAGGAAAUACUUGUGCAAGAUGGAGAAAAGCGGCUGCCAAAACGUCGUUGAUACUUACCAUCAGUUUGGUGAGGAUUAUGUAGGGCGAGUUCUGCCCAGCAUCGAGGGCACCCCAGGUUCAUUCAGCGUCGUGAUAACUCAGAUGGGCUGGGAAGACUCUGGCUUGUACGUGUGUGGGGCUGGCUUCUAUGGGGAGAGCGGAGAAUCGAAGGAGCUGGACGUGCAUGUCUAUGAGGAGACAAAGGUUCCUCAAGGAAAGCCCACAAUAUUUGGAGUAAAAGGAAGUUCAGUAACUUUUGAAUGCCGCUACGAGCCCCUAAGAAAGUCCUCAGUGAAGUACUGGUGCAAGUGGAGACAGAACGGGUGCGCUAAGAUCAUAGACAACAACGGGUUUGUCUCCCCCCUCUAUGAAGGGAGAGUGGCCAUGUACAACAACCCACAUAACAACACGUACACCGUCAUCCUGAACCAGCUGAAGAACAGCGACAGCGGCUAUUACUGGUGCAUGACAGAGGAGGAGAAGGAGCAGCAAUCGUCGACUGAGCUGAAGAUCAUAGACGGACAACCUGGACUGGAGGGAAAGAAGGAAGUGGAGGCACAAGUGGGUUCACGGGUCGAUUUAACUUGCUCUUAUCCAUGCAAGUACUACUCCUACCAGAAGUACUGGUGCAAGUGGAACAACACCGGCUGCAUCCUCAUGCCUUCUUCUGACCAAAGGCAGCCGGGAACGGAUGUUACCUGUGACACUGACAACAAGACGGUGAUCCUGAGCUUUGACUCGGUGGCAAAGACAGACCAAGGGUGGUACUGGUGUGGAGUGAAGCGCAACGGCCUCUUCGGGGAAACCAUGGCAGUGUACCUGGAGGUGACUGGAGGGAGCGGAGCCAGCCGCAGCCUAGACCUCCUGGACGUCGCUGAGCCCCCCAGCCACGCUGACACCCCCAGCCACGUCGAGCCCCCCAGCCAUGCUGACACCCCCAGCCACGUCGAGCCCCCCAGCCACGUCGAGGGUGGCUUUAUUCCCAAAGGGAAAUCCUACAGCGACACUGGGGUGCGAAGUGCAGCUGCCUCGGAAAGCUCUGAUCCAAGCCACGGCCCCAAUAAGCUUGUUUUAAUCCUGAGCCCUAUUGGUGCCGUGCUCCUGGUCCUCGUGGUGGCUUUCGCCAUAUUUAAAUACAGGCAGAUAAAGAGAUCGGACCUGGUGUCCGUCGGGAGCUACAGGACCAACAUCAGCAUGUCGGACUUCGAAAGCGUGAAGGAGUACAGCGCAAGCAAUAUCGCCUGCGUGCAGGAAAGCCAGGAGACGCAGAUGGGAGGGGACGAGUUCAUCACCACCGCGGCCCCCCCAGAAAGCGCUGCUGAGACAAAGAAGGCAAAAAGGAGCUCCAAGGAGGAUGCUGACCUCGCCUACUCCGCCUUCCUCCUCACCUCCAGCGGCAUCGCGCAGGGCGGCCCCGGGGGGGACAGCGCUGCCCCCGACGGGCCCCCCCCAAACUGGGAGGGCCAGAUCUGAACACGAGGGACCGAGAGGUGGCGGCGACCGGGACCAGCUCUACCUUGAGGAUCAGAGAUGACGAGACAUCAGCAAGCAGCGCUGUUUAUUGCUACCGCAAUUUGCUAUAGCUUGACCUUUUUUUGCUUAAAUUCAGCUUCGGGCGGUGAUCUAGGAGGAAUCGUUUGAUGCCAAAUGGGGUGGCUGGGCUGGAGGCACAGGUCUGAGCGAGCAGGUCGGACUGGGAACCGGCAGGGGCUGGAGUGGCUUAGCCCACCCACGGCCCCAGCCCCACCAGUGCCCUUCCAACACGGUGGGCUCUCAGAGGCACAUUUUAAAAAAAAACCUCAUUUUCUUUUAAAGGCAGCUGGAAAACCCUCUAGAACGACAACUCGCGUAUUUGAUUCCUCUUAGCUUUUUCACCCAGAGGGCAGCACCUGCAGACCAGACGUGGUCUGAAGUGUUUUUACGCACAAGCAAUAAAGAAAACCAUUGGCUUUCAGCAGA